AUGAGCGACCGGAAACGCGCCUGGGAAGGCAAUGGGGACUCUAGUGCAUCAAAGAAGCUGAAAAGGUGUACUGCAUCCAAUGGACAUUCUGCAGGUUCAUCGUUGUCGGCGGACGCUCUCAUCGCCCAGAAGAGGGCCGAGAUUGCUGCUAAGAUAGCAGCAAUGAAGAAGUCGGCGUCGGCAUCAAGCUCUGCACCAGCUACCGCCGCGCCCACCCCAAUCCCCGCAUCAUCAAGGGUGGCAUCCGCGUCUGCGUCAAACGCAGCGUCUCCAUCUCCGCCCAUCCCGGAUGACAUGGCGCGCCGUAUUGCGGAAGCGAAGCGGCGCGUCGCCGAGGCGCAAAGCAAGCUGGCGGUGAAAGACAACCCGUACAUGUCUGCCCCACAAGCCGGCAAGAAGAAGACACUGGCUCCAGAGCCUGCUCAGCAAGGGGCCGGUCUGAAGAUGGCAGCUCAUCCGCUCCUGCUCGACACCACGCCCGCUGCCCCGCAGUCCAAAAAGGACAAGUAUAAGCCCAUGCAGCCGAAGUUCGCGUCGAUCAAGGCGAACAUUAGGAAUGCACCGACUCCCCCGCCAGCUCCUACGCCGACCGCGCCCAAGGAGUCCAUAUCCAACCCGUACGCUUCUGGCACGGUCACGCCUGCCGAGAGCGGCUUCGAGGGUGCUCCGAAAGAGCGCACGGGGAGACACUUCCGCUUCAACCCAAAGGGUAAAUAUGUGCAGAUCGCGAACCAGGUCCGGCAGGAACAGCAACUCGAGCAGCUGAAGCAGCGCAUCGCGGAGAGCGCCAAGAAGGCUGGUUUAGAUACCGAGUUUGAGACGCUUGAGAAGAACAUCAGGAGAGACGCACCUCCAUUGACUGAGUGGUGGGAUGCGGCCCUGUUGCCUCACAAGACGUAUGACGACCUGGAGAUGGGGAUGUCCACGCUCAACAUCCGUAAUGCGGACUCGCCGAUCACGCUGUAUAUUCAGCACCCCAUCCCUAUACCCGCCCCAGGCGACAAGAACGAGAUCACCCUGAAGCCAUUGAAGUUGACCAAGAAGGCAAGUGACUGCCGCAGCGAGCAGAAGAAGGUUCGGAAACAACGGCGACAGGCCGAGCUGCAGGACAAGCGGGACCGGAUUCGUAUGGGUCUCAUCCCACCGGACGCUCCCAAAGUCCGCUUGGCAAACCUGAUGAAGGUCCUGACGUCGGACGCCGUGCAGGACCCUACGCGCGUGGAGGCGCGCGUGAGACGCGAAGUCGCGAUGCGCAAACACCAGCAUGAGAAGAUGAACACGGAACGCAAGCUCACGGACGAGCAGCGGCGCGAGAAGAUCGAGACCAAGAAGGUCGAGGAAGAGAAGAAGGGCAUUUACGGUGCUGUCUUCAAGGUCAAGACGCUUUCGGACCCGUCGCACCGCUUCAAGGUGCGCAAGAACGCGGAGCAGAUGAACUUGACGGGCGCCUGCAUCUUCCAUCCGACCUUCAGCAUGGUCUACGUCGAGGGCGCGUCAAAGUUCAUCCGGCAGUACAAGAAGCUCAUGCUCCGGCGCAUCGCGUGGACGGAAGCUGCGCGCGAACGCGGCGCGGAGGACGUCGAGAUCGAGGGCGCGGAAGAUGGCGAGGGCGGCAGCGGGAAGGGGAAGGGGAAGGCGGUCGUGCCUGGGGAGCACGGGCAGGCGUCGCUCGAGGACAACCACUGCUGGCUGAUUUGGGAGGGCCAGCUGAGGGACCGUGCCUUUAACAACUUCAAACCGAAGAGUUGCCCGACGGACUCGGCGGCGAAGGAGAUGGGCGAGUUGCAACGGCGGGAAGGACGGGCCUGCUCAUGUACGCGGGCGAGUUCUCAGUGUAGAUACGUAGCGGACAUGGAAUAUAUUUCGUUGGCACGCGCGAUCUUGGCGAGUGUGUGGCUGUGCGGCUGUGUGGGUGGGUGGGCCACCGUGGGCGGCUCGGGUGUGUGGGCGGCUGUGUGCGUGGACAUGGCGGGGACGGGGGGCGCACGUGGAUGGGGGUGCAGACGGCCGCGACGAGAUUGA